CUACUGUGAUUUCUUCAUUGUCAUCGAGUAAAACAUCAAUUUAUUCAUCAGCAAGUUCGUCGGCGUCAUCUUCUCAAACUCUUCAACCAACUACUUCCAUCUAUACGACAUCAAAAGCUCCCAGCUCUCAAGUAUCAAGUAGUUCCGUGCAACCUUCGACAAGUGUUUACUCCUCUUCAAGAAGUGCCUCUUCAUCGUCAAGUGUCUCUGUUCCAACUACUGUGAUUUCUUCAUUGUCAUCGAGUAAAACAUCAAGUUAUUCAUCAUCAAGUUCGUCGGCGUCAUCUUCUCAAAUUCUUCGACCAAGUACUUCCAUCUAUACGACAUCAAAAGCUCCCAGCUCUCAAGUAUCAAGUAUUUCCGUGCAACCUUCGACAAGUGUUUACAUGUCUUCACAUUCCACGAUUAUUACGUCUGCUAUUGUUUCAACAGGACUAGGUAGUCAAUCGUCCAGUUCUAUUAUUUUGUCAUCUAUUAUUCCUACAUCAAGUCAGCUUUCUAGCAGUGUACCAGUAUCGACCAGCAUUUGUCCCAGCUGUUUUCACAACGGACAUUAUUAUCCAGAAAACAGUACUUGGUCAAAUGGACCUUGCGUCACAAUGCACUGCAGAAAAGUGCCAAAUUCUUGUUUCCCUCUGAAUGUAAGCGUUCAAAUUGAACAGAAGAUUGAAACAUGCGAGCCUUGCAAACAGGGCUACUUCAGGCCAAACUCUAGCAAAGUCUGCUGUCCAACAUGCGUGGCUAAACCUGGUGUUGUUCCAAAUGUGGAAUCAUGUCAAGCGAUGGAUGUGGAAGACUAUGUUAAAUUUAAUAAUUGCACUUCUAGACAAAAAAUAAAAAUGAAGAAAUGUUCAGGCUUAUGCGAAUCAUCGUACGAUCCUUUCACUGAUACUUCCCUUUGUACUUGCUGUCGUCCGAAAGUUUACCUUCAUAAACGGUUUACACUGGACUGUCCUGACCAAAGUCGAAUAUUUAAAGUGUUAAAAGUAAUCGAAUCAUGUGAAUGCCAGACAAAAUGAUAGCAUUUUUAGCUGACAAUGACUUAGAGAUACGGAUUAUGUAAUUAGAGUAUCUGUAGUAGAUAAAUAAUAAAUGGUUAGAAAAUCAAAA